AUGAGUGCAGCGGUGCGGGUGGGCUGGCGGCUCGGGGCCGCCGCCGCCGCUCUGCGGAGCCGGGCCGGACGCCCUCUCAGCCAGGCGGCCGGGGAGGGCAGCGGGGCCCAGGGCGGCGGCGGCGGCGGCUCGGGGUCAGGGUCGCGGGAGGCGGUGGAGCGGCUGGUGCGGGAGCACCCAGUGGUGGUGUUCAUGAAGGGCAGCCCGGCGCAGCCGCUGUGCGGGUUCAGCAACGCCGUGGUGCAGAUCCUGCGGCUGCACGGCGUGGAGGAUUACCGCGCCCACGACGUGUUGCAGGACCCCGACCUCCGCCAAGGUCAGCGCCGCGACGGGCCGGGGUCACCCCUGGGCGCCGCCUCCGGCCGGGCCGGCCCGGCUGCGCUGGGGGGGGCAGGAUUCCCUGUGGGAAGCGCCCUCGGGCGGCCGGGGCUACUUUAA